UAUAUAUAUAUAUAUAUAUAGCAUCUGAGAUACGGCUCCUGUUUUUUCCUCUCACUGACAGCAAUAUGCUUCCGUACAAGACAUUACUUUGUUGUACGUUUUAUUUUUGUAUUUGAACUUUGAAUCGACUGAGUUACUUUUGUCUCAUUAAAAUGAAGAAAUAUGACAAAAAUUUGCAUACAAAAUUAUAUUUUAUAUCCGUACAGCAGCUUUUCAGCUCUCAUCAUCGGAGGUAAAACAAAUUCUUGGUUGAGGAGUGAACAGUUUCGUAUUAGGAUCCAGAUUUUUCUUUUCAAAUCCUGGAAUUUUAUUUGAAUGUCUUGAUAGUUUGGUGUACAAACACUUUGUUGAGCCCAGUCUCAUCAGCAGAAUCUGUCCAGCUAACCGUUGGUGCUGAUAUGAGGCAAAAUUUUUUGCUUUUAAAAUAAAAGUUUAAGUCUUCCACGGUAAUUUUAGGGUACUUUAGUUGAAAAUUGACGGAUGUAUGAAUGGAAAAAAUAUUGGUAACACUUCACAAUAAGGGCCCCUAUAUUAACGUUACUCGGUGCAUUAUUAAGCAUUAAUUAACAAAGGAUCCCUUUAUUAACGCUACCGAUAUAAGUGUCCUAAAAGUUGGGACAAAGGCCGGGGGGUGGGGGUGGGGGGGUCUGCUUAGUAUUAACAUUAAUAUUAAGCAGUUGUUACUACUUUAAUAAUUUAUUGCUUAAUGAUGUACUAAGUAAUGUUAAUAGAGGGACACUUAUUGUAAAGUGUUACCAAAAAUUAUGGAUUUUUGUGACAUGAAAAACAAUCUUUAUUUUAUCAGCAUUUUAUUUUUGCAAAUUUUUUAACGAGGCAAAAGUAACUAAGUGGCCAGUGAAAGUGGAAAUAAGAAUAUAGCGCUGUUUUAUUAUAGAGUACUGUAGUGUGUUUUAUACACGAGCCACUGAUCUCAUGGCAAAGUGAUGAAUUUGAAGUAUUGCUGAAUAUAUUGUACAAAUUUGUAUUUACAUAGAAUUAUAUGUUUUCAUUUGUAUCAGAUUUUUUAAUGAUGUCAUUUAAUUUAAAACCUAAGCUACACCUUUUUUUCCGUCAAUAUUGUAAAUCUACUUUUUAAAUCCUUGUUUUUUCCGAGUUAAACGCCUAAAUAGAUGGUUUUACCACCAUCAGAUUUUAACUGGUGACGUUUUAUUAGCAGUUCCCAGUUAUGUCGAACGUUAUUAAAAUAACAAAGCUGAGGAAGUUUUAUUGUUCCUCCUCGGUGGAGAUUGGAGCCCACCGGGGAUUUUUCGCCGCCUCUGUAGCAUUCUUGUAAACCCCAUCAUACGAGCAUUAUUAGUGCGCGUUUCAGGAAACGAGGCACGCCCCGUCUCCGCCCGUUCCAGGUUGGGCUGAAGACAUUUAAAUCCAAAGCACUUUCAUCCUGCUUCACACUGGUUUUAUUGUCUUUGUAUCGUCUGAUUUUUUUUUUUAUUAAAUGUGUUUAAUUGAAACUUAUCUGAGAGUUCAUGUGGUUUUGUGUUGAGAGAGCAAAAAGAAAAAAAUGAGGAUGUAUUUGUAGAUCUGACUUCAGGCACGCUGAUAAUCUGCAUUCCAACAUGAAGCCUUUUUAUCUCAAGAUAUGCCUUCUUUGACCAUAAAAGAUCUUUUUUCUUCUCUCUUCUUUUACAAUUUUUUUAUUCCACCUCAUCUCGAAGGUUAACGUGCCUCCUUUAUUCUCGUUAAACUCUCUCUCCCUUAAAAACAACUCCUCCUGUUUGCUCGGGGCGAUCAAUAAACCUGACUGAUGUAGAGCAGCGACAGCUCAUCCCCACCGAGGUCUGUCACCACCUCUGCUCUGUUUUAACAGUUUUUCACUGGGCCGCAUCAAACCUGCCCUGAGCACUGAUUUGUCUGCAGCAGGAUCUAGUUGUUCCCGUUGGGCCAGUUGCAGACGGCGAAGGCGCAGGUGAAAGGCAGAAGAGGGAGGGACCCUGACAGGUGCAGGAGAGGCAGGCGAGGAGAAGCAAGCAAACAGAAACCAAAGAUGACUUCAUGAAGCAAAAGGUCCCGGCCACAGCUCAGGUAAAUCGGAGAUUUUACGUUUGUUAAAGGAGCAUCACCUGGAUUAGGAGUUUAAAAAUCAGAAUGGACUUUGUGGUUUGCUUUCAACGUGUUAAACCACUUUUUUAUGGGAUUUGAUUGGUUGAUCUGUCAGGGCUAAAAGUCCCAGGAAGUUUAUGUGAACGAGGCCUUCUUGAGUCAAUUGAGUCAGAUUAUUUCUUUAUUCCUUAAUUACUCUAAAUCUUACAUUUUUAAGUAAAACCUUGUUUUUCUAACCUGAUGAGUGAAAAAGAGUCUUUUAUAGAAGCGGCGACCACCGAGAAGCACUUUUCUGGUGUCUGGGGCAGAAAAUGGUCAAACAGUUUGCAGAAAUCUGGUGGCUUCGUGGGAUAAAUGUUUGUUUUAAAGCAGCAGCAUGAAAAGCUGCAAGUGGAGUCCAGGAGAGAAGCAGCUGAGCUGCACAUGUAACUGGAGCUGGAGCCGGGUUUUGGGUCAUUGAAAUGGUUCCAUGUUUGAUUCUUACUGUGUGAAAAUGAGGCGAGAAUAUUGCGUGUGAAGCCGUUUCCUCUUGUUCCCCUAAACCAGCUUUUAUAGUCAGAUACUUCUGUUUUGUUCUUCUCUGUUUUGUUCUUUUUGUGCUUUUUGUUUGCAUUUUUUUCUCUCACUGACAGGUAAGAGGCACUCUUUAAGGUUUGGUUUGAAAGUCAGUUUUUAUUGCUCUUGAUUUUUGGAGAAGUCAGAAAAAAAAUCUGAAAAACAUUAAAACAUUUCAUUGAUUCAAACACUGUAUUUUUCCUGGGGAUUUUAACAGGAUCCUGGGUUUAUCUUUAAUUCUUGGCUUCCUUUUUAAAAGGUUAACUUUAAAAUGUAAAUAAUUGACCCGGGUGCUCAGCUGAUCGGUGAUGUUGUUGCCCCCGGGGUUUCUGGCUCACAGAGCCGGUGUUUCUGCCAAACCAUAAAAACAUUCUGUACCACAACAUUUUUUGUUGACGUUUUCUUAAAAUGGUAAAAAGUGAUAAUUUAAAAACUCCAUCCUCACUUUGAUUGUCUUAAAGGUGAUUAAUUAUUGUGCUUUUAAAGUCAAAUGAGUCAUUUUAUGGUGAGUUAGAACGUCCGGCUAGAAAUCUCCACUUGAACACAACAAGGAGCAACAGUCCAAAACUCUUAACUCAUGCCUCAUCUCUUUAUAUGUUGUUUCUAAAGAGCCAAACAUUUGUGCCAGCUUCACAAAUGAUCAGAUCUUCGGAAACCUCAAUUCUGUUGAAAAUACUACAUAAAUUAGUCUCAAUAAGGUCAUUUCCAAAGUAUUACCUAGAAAAACCUUCAAGGUUCAGGUUAAAAGAUGUGUCUUUCACAUAUUGUUUAUCUGCCACAUCCUUUUUAGACACAACACUUUUGUCUUUCGUCCUCCGUUUGUCCACGUGUUCCGUUUUUAAAUCAGCACUCGGCACAGUACCAUGUCUCGGUCAGUCAGAACUGGACUGAAAAUGUGUUGAAAGCUGCUAAAGUCCUAAGAAGUCUGAAAAAUCAAAGAUCAGGAUCACUUUAAACUAAGGGGAGUUUUCCUCCCCACUGUCGCUAAAUGCUUGCUGAGCAUGAAGAUUGCUGUAAAGUCUCGGAGACAGCAAGUCAAUGACUCGAUGCAACCUACUGGGUUUCCUUUCAUAGGGAACUUUUAAUUAAUUGGCACAGUAAACUGAAUGCCUUGACAUGACUCUGGUCAUGAUUUGGCGCUUUAGAAAUGAACUGAAUUGAAUCUGGAACUUUGGAAUUAAAAUUUCAAUUCAAUUCAAGUUUAUUUAUAUAGCGCCAAAUCACGACAAGAGUCGUCUCAAGGCAUUCCAGUACAGGUCAGUUCAUUAAGCCAAUCAGAAAAAAGUUUCCUAUAUAAGGAACCCAGCAAAUUGCAUCAAGUCACUGACUAGUGUCAGAGACUUUACAGCAAUCCUCAUACUAAGCAAGCAUUUAGCGACAGUGGAGAGGAAAACUCCCUUUUAACAGGAAGAAACCUCCAGAGGAUCCUGGCUCAGUAUAAGCAGCCAUCCUCCACGACUCACUGGGGAUCGAGAAGACACACACACACACACACACACACACACACGCACGCACGCACGCACACACACACACCAAGUAAUGUUUCUAUGGUUACAUUGUUAUUUCUUAGUAAGUAUUCUAUUUGGUGAGAGAUAAACUGUACUGUAUUUAUCCUAGUGAAUCUAUAAUUAAAUGGGUAAACUAGUAGUAGCACAUUCAAUGUCAAAGAGAGUAAAGUAUUAUUAUCAGGAGAGGGAGAAUGUUUGAAAGAAAUCAUGAUUAAUCAAAAACGUUUGCAUGGUGCUGUACACGCAAAAACAAUAAUAAUAAUAAUAAUUAUAAUAAUAACAUGUUUUACAUCAAAAGACUUGCAAAAUAAGCUGCUAUAGUGAAUCUGCUAACAAGCUAGGCCUUGAACGCAAUCAUGGUCACGGAACACUCACCGCUCCCCUACGGUAUCUUCCCUAGUUCAGCGUCAACUGGAACCAGAAAUCUGCAAUGUCAGAGGAAACGUCAGAGCCCAAAACACCAGACUUUUGACUUUUGCUGCCAUGACUUCAAACAGUGUUUCUUUUUGGGAUUCUGGUAGUUUAUCCUAAGGUUGAAGUGGUAGCAGCCGGCUGUUUCUCCUUCUUUGAUGUUAUUGAGCCACGAACCUCUCACACCAGUGUGUACAGAAUGGAGGACUCAGGGAAGCAGUGUUGCCAGACUGGAAAAGGUUAAGUGUUGUACCAGGAUCUUAAAAUUAUCUUUUUUUUUUUUUUUUAAAUGAUCGUACACUACUUAGUUGCAUCCUGACACGUCUGAUGACCCGCUGCUUCAAUAUUAGUGCAAAUUUUAGCUUUAAAUAAUCUAACACAGAUUGAAACAAGCAUCUCUUACAGAACAGCACCUCUAGCUGUUUGGUGUAUGAACAAAGUGUCUGCACCCAACAAACUGUAAUGUGAGCCAUUUUUUACUUUUACCAUCAUGUAUUGGUUUAGCAUGAUGUUUUUAUACAUACAAAGUGACACAGCACUGUCAUUUUCCCCAUGUUUCAGGUGAAACAGGUUCCAACCAGUUUAUUAAUGCUGUGCAUCUUUCCCGUUGUUGUCGGUAUGCCUGCCGGCGAAGCCUCUUCUUUAAAGUGCUACUCAUGCUGCCGUGCCACAGCGAUCUCUGCUUGUGUUUAAAGCCCGCUCUGCUUAUUUCACAACUUCCUCCUUGGUCAUGGACAGCGUCAUGCGUCACUGCAUGUGACGUAAGAGUUGAUUGGUUGUUAGGCAAUGUCUCUGGAUGCAGUUUCCACACAAGGAAUGGCUGAAACGAGCGUACUUAUGGGAUUUAUGAUCGUGCAGAGGGCUAAAGUAUCCUUCAAAUAGGAUAAUUACCAUACGUCUGGCAACGCUGCAGGGAAGUGAGGUGGUUCGGUGAGACCGACAGCUGGUCCAGUGGUUGCUUUUGGUCCAAGCCGUGUCACUGGUGGAGGUUUGAAGACAAAUGUGAGAGAACACUUUAUUUGUUUAAUUCAGUUUUUUUAAUCUCCACAGUAUAUUUAUGGUUAUACUAUGUUAGAAGGUUGUUAAACGGCAUCAAGAAAAUAUUUUAAGCUCACUUCUUUUUAAGUCUAGACACAUUAAAAUGACAAACUGUGAUUUCCUUCAUUUCCAAAUGCCCACCUUUUACACCUCUUCCUUUGACAGAUUAAUAAUAGUCUCCACACACCACAUGCUUAUAAUACAUGACUGUGUUUGUCAUCAGCCUUUCCUCAAACAUGUCGCAAAUCAACAACGGAGGAGGGGACAACGGGCCACUGAUGGAGGAACUGAUACUGAGGAGAGACAGUUUGAAUGGAGAGAAGCAGAAGGAUGCAGAAACCCGAGAGCCGGAUGCUGCUGAUGGGACGUUGCCUGCAGACGUAAACUUCAACCGCAGGGGCUCAACGGAGAAAAAGUCCAUCCAGGGAACAAUCCAGAGGAAAGCCAAGCAGAAGGUUGGAACAUUGAGUAAAGGAGGAAACAAGUUGAAAAGACCGGUCCAGUCCCUGUUCAACCAGGGAGUGCCUGAAAAAACGUCUGAGGAGCGAGUUCAGCUGGAUUUGUUGAAGCAGCAUUUGGAGGCCCUUAGUUUGCCACCCGACCUGAAAUGGAAAUGGGAGCAGAAUAAUGGAAGCACGCUGGAGAAGGAGUGGACAGAUUUGGUGGCUUCUCAUGCUACGAUGGCUAAGAUGCAGAGGAACCAGCAGGCGGCGCUCUGGGAGUUCAUUAGCACUGAGCUCAGCUACAUCAACAAGCUGAAGAUCAUCAAAGACCUGGUUAUUGCAGCUCUCGUCUUUCUGCACCAGCGUGACUUUCUCCAGGAGGUGACACCUGAGCUGCUUUUCUCCAACCUCCCCUCCAUCCUCCAGGCUCACCAACAGUUCUGGCUAGAAGUUCUUUAUCCCAUGCUACAGGAAGUACGGCGGACUGGAAAACCUUUUGAUCCCACGCGGUUGGAGCCUGGUUGCCUGCAGUUCCACGAGCGUUUCUCUGCUUACCACGAUUACUGCUGGGAGGAGGAAAACAAUCUUGAAUUCACGCGCAGGCAGAUGGAGAGCAACCCACUUUUUAAUGCUUUUGUGCAGUGGGUGGAAGAUCAGCCUCAGUGUGAGCGGAUGCGCCUCGGAGACAUGCAGGCUAAACCACAUCAGAGGAUCACUAAGUACCCCCUGCUGCUCAAAAGUGUGCUGGAAAACACGCAGCAACCUCACAUGGAGCUCACCCUCAGAGCGAUGCUGUCCAGCGUGAACCGGUUUCUGGAAGGUAUCAACCACUACAUGCAAGUUAAGGAUGACGAAUAUGCACUCUCCAUCUCUGCACAGAGGGUGGAGGGGUAUGAGGUGGAGGGAAUUAAUGAAGAAAUCGACAAGCUUGUCAGAGAGAUCUGCCAGUUCGAUCUAACGUGUUCCAUCAGUGGAGUGGGUUCUGAAGUCAUUCGUAAGCUGCUGCUGGAGGAGAACCUGAAGGUUCGAGGCAGAAAGGACAGCAAACUGGAGCUGGUGGCUCUGCUCUUCUCAGACGUGCUCCUUCUGACUAAAGUCCAGAAGAAGGUUGAGCGGCUGAAGGUGGCUCGACCUCCUCUGGCCCUCGACAGAACCUCCUGCGUUGCACUAAAAGACGGCAAUUCAUUUGCUCUGGUGGAAGUCGGUGAGCUCAAGUGUGCUAUGAAUGUCAUCAUCCUCGUGGCGAGUUCCCCAGAGAGAUGCUCCUUGUGGGUCUCCAGCAUCCAACAGGCAAAGGAAAACCUGAUGAACCUGAGAGAGCAGGAGAAAUACAGAGUGGACAGUUUGAAAGAGCUUGAACGGAAGACCAAACCAGCCGCAGACGUCACGACCAACGACACGAAGCCAGAAGAAAAACCUCCACCUCCUCCUCCACCUCCCAAAAAGACUCUGAUGGAUGAACUCAACGAUGUUCUGAAAAUGAAUCUGUUACUAAAUGGGUUUGCAGAACCAGAACGAACUCAGUCUUCAGAGGAAGUGCCUGCUAACGACACUGGAGGAACUUUAAGAAACUCCCCGAGGGUUAGCCAGAAAUCAGGUCAGAAGACAAAUUUGGGUCGGAAGCCAGCUUUUAAAGGACUCGAAUGGAUAGAAAUGGCAAGAAGAGAUCAAGUUUUAAACAAGUCUGAGGAUGAAGAUAAAAUAAUUGAGACUCCGAUGGUGAUGUGGAAGUACGUAGGGCAAAAUUCUUCAAGAGUCAAUCCUGCAACACCCAAUAAACCUGCAGAACCCUUGAGGCUCCCCACAGCUAGACCACCCAAACUUCCGGAUGAGAUACCAGAUAUCGACUAUCCGACAGAUGAAGAGAACACUUUAAAACUUCCCAACAAGCCCCAAAUCUCCACAGAAAAGUUUCUAAAACCGUCGGUGGAUAGGAAAUUUUUAUUAAGGAGCAACUCGGAUUUGCAGCUUGUGACUUCGGAUAUCAGGAGAAGCUCCUUAACCAGUCAGUCUGGAGACCUAGAAUCUCUAGAGGUCCGUGGCUUCCCACAAAAUUUAAAGUCACCCGUCUUACGGAAGAGGAGGCCAGGGAGCACAAAUCCGAGUCCCGCUAAUCAGACUUCCAAGCCGUUCAGCCAGGACUUGGGUCAAUCAGUGUCUGCCUCAAACAGCUCGUCCAAUUCGGACUCGGACUGCAACUCGGACUACAAAAGAAUCUCUCUUCCUGUUGUCUUUGUCUCCGAUUCACAGCAAGCUCCCAAAGUGGGCCCCAAACCGAGCCAACCGAACAAAGGAGCCUCCACAGAUGUCCGGAACGUUUCAGAAUCCACUGAGCCAGAAGUGAACCCCCAGAUAUCAAGGCCUAGUUUAAGAGGCAUGAGAAGUGCCUCCAGUCCCAACAUGCUAAGCGAUGGACGGCUCCCUGUGACCCCAACUAGAACGUACGAAUCACCCCAAGAAGAGGACCCUCCCGGGUUAGGAUUUAAUUCCACUUCAUACGUCUCUCCUGUGGAGGGCCUUUUAGAGAGGGCCAAGGAAAGGGGGAAAAGUGGAAUAAAGAGGGACAUGAAUCCAGCCAGUCCUAGAUCAAACCACCAGGCUCGUGUAACCUCAAAUAACCCUUCACCUUCACCCACACCCAGUGACGAAGACAGGAAUGCGGAGGAGGGGGAGGUGGGGAUAAGGAGACGCAGGGCUCUCACCGUGAGCACGAGAUGGAAGGAGCAGCUGGUGGAUGGAGAUGAGGACGACAGGAGUACCGUCUUCUUGGAUGGUGAAAACGUCGACUGGCCAGGCUGGUGCUUCGAUGACGAGGAAGUGCUGAAUUACCUGAGUCCUAGGAGCCAAGGACUUCCAGAAGGAUCAAGCCGAUCGCCGGCCAACUGGGUUCACCUCGAAAGUCACGACGACGGGGAAUGUAGUCAGGUGUAGCGUUAACCUAAAGCUAGAGCUGGUUUGAAAGCUCAGAUUUUAGUUUGAGGUUCUGAGUUUUAGAUCGACAGGCUGGCAGGAAUAACAGAAAAAAGCACAUAAAAGUUAAAUGGAGAUUUGAAAACGCCGUAAAGUUUCUUCAGUGUCUGAAGUCGCGGGAAAAAUAAACUGUAAUUUAUGUAAAAAUGUAUUUAUAUUUGCACAAACACGAGACAAAUUUCAAAGCUAUUUUUUUCUAAGUGAGUGUACAUCUUAUUUAUGUCUGAGAAAUAAAACCACAUCCGUUCUGUUAA